AUGGAGAGCUCUCCGCCCGCCGAGGCCGCGGACAGCGCCACGUCCAAAUGGAUGAAGAUGAUCUCGUCCACGUUCCUUGGGGAGGGCACCAGCUCAUCGCUGUUCGGUCGGCGCUCGUCCGGUACAUCAGGAGGUGGCAGCUCGGGCGUCUCACAGGAAUCGCUCGGUCGCUGGGCCAAAUUGCGCGCCGAGAACGGAUUGGAUCCGACGCCAGAGCUCAAGCUUGCGCUUGUUGGAGGCCCCGCAGUGGGCAAAACCAGCAUCGUGCGACGCUGGUUGCAGCGGUCGUACCCGACGACGUACUCACCCACCGUCGGUGUGGAGGUGAAUACAAUGACAUACAAGCACCGUGGUCAGGAACUACUGCUACAUCUAUGGGACGUUUCCAGCGCCGAGGUGGACUCCAGCGCGUCGUCGCUGCACUCGCUGCUAUGCGAGGACCUGGACGGCAUCUUCUUCGUGUUCAACGUACACCGCGUGAGCUCCAUCGCAGCCAUUGACAAGUGGCGUCACUGUCUGUCGAAGUAUCUUUCCCCCAAAGAAACCCCGUGCUUUCUUAUCUCGCACAAAGCAGACCUACUGCAGAAGCGUGUCAUGACCAGCGACGACAUCGCUGCGUAUGCAAGAGCAGCAGGCUAUAAAGGCUGGAUGUGGACGGUAGGGAAGGCGAAUUUUGGCGAGAACGAGAAAAACCCUGCCGUGCGGGAGGCGCUGGAGCGGAUGGUGGAGUUCAUCUGCAGAGACCGCAUUGCGACCGAUCAUAUCCGUCUCGCACGCUUAGCAAAGCCACAGGGUAUUCUGGAGACGUCAGGAAACCCUGCGCCACUAGAAAUCAUUCAGACUGACGAUGCGUUGCAUCAUUUCUCGACGUCUCUGCUGCGUAUCCCCACCAAAGCUAUCACGACUCUUCCACGUGAUGAGAACAUGAUGCCGAUCAACGAGAAGAUCAAUCAGGACGACGAGGAGGAGAAGAAAGAUGGCGAUCAUGUUUCUGCUGCUCUCCGGACCGACAAGCGAGCCACUUAUGGUGGUAGCUGGAUCUUGGGCAAUGACAAAGGAGUGUAUCUACGCGCGACCAACAGCAGUCUCCUCGGUAACGAUGAGACAGACGACGACUCGGAGUCCGUGGAGGAAUUUCAAUUCCCCUUCUCUAGUGCGAGACAGAUCAACGAAGAGGAGGACGCUACAGCUGCUGCUGAGUCUCGAAGGCGUGAAAAGGAAGAAGAAGAUCUUGAACGACGCAGAGAGCAAGAGAAGGCAGAGCGAGAUCGACGAAAUGAUCAAGAGGCGUGGCAUUUCUUCGCUGGCAGCAUCAGUCGAGCCCAAGCCGAAGCUCUUCUCGAAAAUCGAGAACAAGGCACGUUUUUACUUCGUCGGAAAGAUGCUCAGACACUCAUCCUGUCGUAUGUGGGUCCUGAUCACGUGCAUCACGUGCUGAUUGAGUUCUCGAACCAGAGAUAUCACAUUGGCUCGUCCAAGGCUUCGCAUGCAACUUCGUUUACUACUCUUUGGAAAUGUCUGCGCAGUGUACGACGCUAUGCUUACCGUGGCCUGGUGUUUAGUCGCAAUAUGGACUUCAACGUCGUCAACAAGCAGGAGCUGGUGGUUGAGGACGGUAGUAUAGCGUCAGGAAGCGUCACGGACACUACGACACCGACAGCGGCGCCGACGACGCCAAGCAUUUGGCGCACACGAACUCGAAGUGGAUCGAGCAGUUCAUUGGGUGAUCGCAGCAACAGCAGUCGGCACGCGUCGCCUACCACUGCACCUCGACGAGCUCGCCACACUCCAGGACUGCAAGCCAACCAGGAACAAGUGAAAAUUCCGCCACAGACCCGCAUUGACGAGCUGAGCGUUGAAUUCUACGACCAUUUGGCUGAAAGAUUGUCAUAUUUGGCAGCACAGCAGAAAACGGAGACGCCUGAAGGAGGUGGCAUUACUCCUCUCCUCGAAAUGGUGACCGAGGAAAAGAAUGAACAGCGUCAGGUGCGGGGAGUUAACGCCGAGACCCAGUGGCGCCAGCUCGUUAAGAACAUGGAGGCCUGGAAUCGCAUCGUUAUGAACCUGGAGCUCAGCACAUUGAAAAUGGCUUAA